GGUGAACUGAAGCAAACUUGGGCAAACUGGACUGAACUGGACGGCAUUGUCAUUGUUUUAAGGAAUCCUUUGAGAUUGUAAUUCGAUUGAAAUCUGUGUUUGUAAAAGGUUAUCCUUGGCCUGUAAUAUCGUAUUCAUUUGUAUACGAUAAAUUAGAAAAAGCGAACAUGGAUGCGGAUUUUGAAGAACUUUCACAUGACACGGAACUUAUUGCAAAAAUGCAACAAUUUCACAAUGCAACGUUAAAAAUUGAAGACACGAUUAAACUUGCUACUAAUACGGAAACGUAUGAGAAACUUUCUAAUCCUGAUAAAAUUAAAUAUAAUUUGUUGAUGUCUUACAGUCUGAACAGUAUGUUUUGGAUGUAUUUACGUGCAGAAGGAAUUGAUCCACUAAAGCAUAGUAUAAAAUCAGAAAAUGUUCGUUUAAAGAAGACUAUGACACGUGCAAAACAGAUUGAAGAGAGGAAUACCCUUAUGCCGCGUGUAAACAAAGAUGCAGCACAAAGAUUUGUUAGAAAUGGAUUAUGGGAUGUGAGGAAUAGAAAACGAAAACACGAUGAAGUUGAAGAUAAAAAUGAAUCUAACUCUACUAAAACUUGAUUUAAACA